AUGAGGGCCGCCAGGAAGUACGACAUGGAGGCGGUUCAAAGACAUCUGGCUGACGAGCUUGUGAAGUUCGCAGAGCAGGAGCCCCUCCGUGUAUUUGCCGUCGCAUUCGACCUGGAGCUGUACGAGAUAUGCCGCAAGGCAGCCAAGCUCUCACUCCGGAAAGCCAUCUGCCAAUCGGAGAGAGUACCGCUGGAGCUUGGAUCUCUUCCAUCCCCAGUUUUCUAUCAGCUCAUGCGAUAUCGUACCCGGUGCACAGAAGCUGCACAGGAAGUUUUGACGAACCUGCGAUGGGUCUUGACACAGAUACUGGGCCGCAAGGGCAACAAAAUUGUCACUCGUCUUCGACAUGACUAUGUGCAAGUAUCCUACGAAUGGCCAGCACUUUGGAUUUGGUUCCGAUGCACCAGCUGUCUGCCACAUUGCGACAAACUUGUACCUUUUUCGGGGGCUGCUGAGCACACACCCAGAAUGUGGUGGAAGGAGUAUGUGGACAGGGUCUGGUAUGCUCUCGAAGGCCGUCCUGUGGGGUCCGUUAGCGGAGAGAUGAACAUAUUCGAGCCAUCUAUACGUAGGGCUGUGACGUGCACGGUGUGCGCUCCAGACGCCUAUAAGGAUCUCAAAGAAUUCAGUGAGCAGCUGGCCAGCCGUAUAGAUAAGGCGGUAUCUAUGGUUGGUCAACCGGUGAAUGUUUAUUCAUCAAAGUGA